UAUCGAAAAACACGAGAUUUAUUGAGAGAAGAGAAAAGUUGUUGUAUCUUCCUCAUCAUUGAAGGCGAUCGCCAAGAAUUCCGAUCAGUUAAUACUUGCAAUGAAGUCUGUAAAAUCAUCUUCGUUGAAUCCAUACGCUGCAGCAUACAUUCCCCUUUCAAGAAGAAAUGCAGCAUUAGAAGAGAUGAUUGAUUACAAUUUGAUGGAAAAAGAUGAUCCUAAUAAGUAUGUAAUAAACAUGAACCAAACAACAUCAUUAGGUUCUUCUUCUGAUGAUUACAAUUUGAAGGGAAAGAUUAUCCAUGGGUCAAAUGGUUCAACCUCCCAAAGCUGCAGCACGAUAGAUGAUGAUCGAUAUAACAAUGAUAAAGAGACAAAUAUGGUAGAAGAGUUUGAUAUGGCUUUGACAUAUCUUCAGAUGAUAUGUCCAGGUAUAUCAGAAGAAUCAUUGACAGAAGUCUUUUUGGCUAAUAAGGGUGACUUGGAAGCAACUGUAGAAAUGUUAAGGCAACUCGAGAUGGACAUAGAUGAUUGCUGUGAACAUCUUCCAGACAGCUUGGAUAUCGGGGAUGUGACUGAACCUGGAUCUUCUGGUGGGAAUGAAACUUCUGUUUCCGAAGAUCAAAUAGCAGUAGCUUCUUCUUCUUCGUCUUCUUCACUUGGAUUGGGCAUGGAAGACUCCGAAAGUAAGAAACCAUAAUCAAAACAAAUGGAAAUGAAUCAAAUUUAAAUAUCAUUUUUAGCUUAGUAGGUGUGCCAGUUUGCAGUUGAUCUUAAGGAUUUGAACUUAGUUUGGAGAUAUAGGCAGACAGACAUACAGACAUUAUUAAAAGUUUACCUUCUGUUGAAUCCAAGGUUGCUUUCUUUUUCUAUCAUUUUUUCUUACUCGGUUAUUCCAUAUGAUUACC